GUUAACAAAUCGAUUGUUGAGGUUAUAAGUAAGAUCUGCAUAGAGCAGUCCGCAGUCAGUCAGCUGCUCGAAGCUGCACGUGCGUAUUCGCGGGAGGUGGGUGCGUGAGCACUGUGAGCGAAGAGGACAGAGAUAUAAGGCUAUAGCUUUUUUAUAUAUCUAUAGCUAUAGCUUUGUAGUCGCAUCGAUAACUGGUGGGAGAGAAGAGAAAAGGCGCACGCGUUAAAACGCUCUCAGUCGCGAAUCGUUGGCCGAGCAGGAAGAAUUUGGAUUAUAAAAUAGCCCGUGGAAAAUUUUUGUCGCUCUUCGAAAUUUUUCCUUAAAAAAUACUGUCAAUAGUGCUCGUUAUAUCAUACUCGUGUUAAAGUGAGCGCGCGCGCGCGACUGAAAUACGCCCUUUGAAUGAUUUCCUGCACAUACUUACGUCGGCUCACGUGUUUGAAAAUAAAUCACCUUGGCAUUCGAAAUUGUCUUUCGCACGGGAUUUCCUUGGACUAAAUUUUUCUAUCUCCUCGAAUAGCGGCGGGCGCGGUUCGUCGCCGAAGAAAAUUUCAACGAGUAAACGUAAGAAUUACAAACUCUGCGACUCUGCACAAUAAUGGAAAUAACAGAAUAUGGCUUGUGUAUUUGCCAAAAAGUCAGUAAACAUAAACUUCAUAAAUUUCUUGCUUCAUCGACCAUUUUUUCUGCUGCAAACGCAGUGCUGCAACUAUUCGGACAAUGCCAAGCCUGCUGAUCCAGAAAGUCCCUUGGAAGUUUUGAAGAUGAAAAUUUCCAAGGGAGAACUGAUGAACGAUGAGUAUCAAUUGAAAAUAGCGGAACAGCUGCAAAGAGUUUAUGAAGAUGUUAGAGGCUAUGAACCGGAGAAAGAAGGAUUUCUCGCUAAAUGGAUGGGCAAAAGCAAGAAAAAGAAAAAAUCACCAAAAGGACUCUACCUUUACGGAGCAGUAGGUGGAGGUAAAACUAUGUUGAUGGACCUUUUCUAUAAUUGUUGUCAGAUGCAAAAUAAGAAGAGAGUUCACUUCCACUCUUUUAUGCUGAAUGUUCACAGUAAAAUACACGAAGUGAAAAAGACUGUUGUAAGAGACACGACUAAGCUUAAGCCGUUUGAUCCAAUACCUCCAGUAGCAGCAUCCAUUACUGAAAAUACAUGGCUUUUGUGUUUUGAUGAAUUUCAAGUUACAGAUAUUGCUGAUGCUAUGAUACUCAAAAGAUUAUUUACAGAGCUUUUUGAAAGAGGAGUUGUUGUUGUUGCAACAAGUAACAGAAGUCCAGACGAUUUAUAUAAGAAUGGAUUGCAAAGAGGAAAUUUUUUGCCCUUUAUUCAAGUCUUAAAAGAUCAUUGCCAAAUAAGUUCAUUGGACUCCGGAAUUGAUUACAGAGCUAAAGCUGUAUCAGGGAGUGAAAAACAUUAUUUCAUUAGAGGAGAAGAGGCUGAAAAAGGGAUUGAAAAGAUUUUCAAAUAUUUGUGUUCAAUGGAAAAUGAUGUUGUGAGAGCCCGAACACUUAAUAUAAAAGGUCGAAAUGUCAUUUUCAAUAAAACUUGUGGCCAAGUUAUGGAUUCAACAUUUACAGAAUUAUGCGAUAGGCCACUUGGGGCUAGUGAUUAUAUUGAAAUCUGCCAAGCCUUUCAUACAGUUAUUAUUCGUGAUGUUCCUCAACUUAAUUUAAAGCUCAAGUCACAAGCAAGAAGAUUUAUCACCCUCAUUGAUACCUUAUAUGACAAUAAGGUAAGAGUUGUAAUCUCAGCUAGUGCCCCUUACAAUCAAUUAUUUGUACCAGAGGGUGAGGAAGAAUACACUGAUGAAAAGCGUAUGUUGAUGGAUGACUUGAAAAUAUCACAUGGCUCAGAAGAUCAUAAAUCAAACAUUUUUACUGGAGAAGAAGAGCAGUUUGCAUUUGAUCGUACAGUGUCUAGGUUGGCUGAAAUGCAAACUGCAGCAUACUGGGAUCAAUGGGAACAUCACAGAUAACAUUAAUAUUACACUAGUCAGAAUUGCUGAAAAUUGACCAUAGAUCAUAAGUCAAGUAGAUGAGGUACAAAUUUUAUUUUCCUCCAUGAAACUUUUAUUUACAUUAAAAGUUGUAUUACUGUUGUGAUGCGUCGAUUUGUACUUAGAACUUUUUACAUGAUCAUAUGUAAUACUGGUGACUUUAAUUAAUUUAUUUAUUUAUUUAUUUUUAUUUGUUGAUAUGACUUUGAAGAAACUAAAUAACUCCGAUGUAAAUAUGUACAUGCCUAUAAAUAGAUUUUUAUGAAAAUUUAA